AUGUCCACCAUCACCCCCUCCAGCUUCGCUGCCCUCACCCCGGUCCACCAUAUCAUCCUCGACGAACUCGUCGUCUCCGACCCGCUCUCCGUCCUCACCCUCAGCCGUCUAUGCUACAAACGCGUCAUCCCGGUGCUCUAUCGAACGAUCCACUCCUCGCCAGAAGUCUUCAGAGGCUUGGAGCUCGAGCAGGGAUAUGAGAGGACACGGGAUGCUCUCGCAAGCACGAAGGCCCUGAGCAUAGGCGGCUCUACGAGUAUCGAUACCCUCUUCGAACUCGGUGGCCGAGAGUACACAAGGGUUUGUCACUCUUGUGCCAAAAACCCUUCUGCUUGUUGUUCAUCUAGCGGGUAUAUUUCAACGAUCUACCCUCGCCGCUAUUUCCAUCUAUUUAGAUUUCUCGAACGCGUCGAAAUCGGCUUUUCUGCCCUGCAGGCAUCACGUACCUAUUACCUCAAACGAGAUCGGCCUGACCUCGAAAUUGACCUUGUGGGUCGGAUCGGAUUUCAGACUCCAGCAGAUCUGAAGGGGACCAUCUUUCAUUUGGACGAAUAUGGAGUCGACUACUGGCACCAGGUCGACACGCAUCUCCUUUAUCUGAAUUCUCGAGAAGCAGUCAUCUUGCUCAAAGGCGAGGUCCCCAACAGCGAGGAGCUCGUGGUGUCUUCCGAUGGGACGAGGGUGGGAAGAGCGAGCUUCGGACGGAUCGGCGAACAACUGCAUACUGCAUGGCCCAACGGCGAGCGUCUCCGCGUCUUUGUUGGGGCCCGACAGCCCUGGGAGACACUCAAUGACUACGAGCUGCACGAGUACACCAUCACCAUGGCGCUGGCACUGGUGGGAUAUGCCGAAAAUCUUACGUCACGCAUCGAGUCUCGAAGAGGGUGGGAGCUGGAAAACGAUCAUUGCAAAGACGAGGACAGCGAGGAUGACGAAGAGGACAAUGAUGGCAGCGGAGACAAAAAGGACAGCGGAGGCGAUGAUGAUGGCAAAAGCGAUGGAAACAGCGAGGGAGGCGACGAAAGCGAGCGCAGUGCCGACGAAAGCGAAGGCUUUGACCACUACGAAAUCGAGGAGAGCGACGAAGACGAUGAGGGCAGCGAGGAUGAUGAGAGUGACGAGGACGAUGCACAUGAGGAAUCGAAACCCCUCGAUCGAGUUGAAAUCCACUUUCCCUUAUUCGACCAAGUCUUCAUACACAUGCCUGAAGAAGGCAGACAAGUGGUGGACGCGCUGGUGAGGGAUGGGAGAAUGGUGCUGGAAGAGUUUGAUGUGAAGGCAGUGAAGGAGUUGGGAGAGAGGAGGUGGAGUUGGUAG